AACAAUGCUGAAUACAUUUCAAGUUCAUUACUCAGGAUGAGGUUACAUCAGUCAAUGAAAGGAUUUAAUCCAGCCAAUGAAGGAGGAGAUGGAGCAGAGAAAUAUCGAGUUCAUGCAGAGGAAAAAGGAAUUUGAGGAGCAGGAGAGACUGAAAAAGAAAGCAGAGGAGAGGAAGAAGUUCGAGGAGAGGAUGGCCGAGUUUGAGCGGGAGAGAGUAGCGGAACACGAGACAUUGAAGAAGAUCGAGGAAGAGAAAAUCCGAGAAAGACAGAAACUUAGAGAGGAGAGAGAGAGGCAGCUGGCAAAGGAGAGGAGAGAUAAAGAAAGGCUUGAUAUGGCGAAACGAAAACCGAAGGACCUGGAGCUGAAACAGAAGAUGGAGAAAAUCCAGGAAUUGGAGAAGAAGCGCAUGCUGGAAGAAGAGAGACGCAGGCAGGAACUGAAGGAGCGCGAGAGAGCCAUACAGUCUAUAGUAAAUAAACACAACAUGGCUGCCCAUACUGUCAUCACGGGAUUACCAAAGCCCAAUCUCAAUUCCACGCUGACCGUCGAACAACCAAUCAACAGCCAGGAGAAAAUGCCCAGUCCAAACUCGUAUGAAAUGACGCCAGCUAAGACCUGUUUUCCGAAAAAGGUCUCCCUAGAAAGUUACGAUAUAUCUGAUCUGCAUUCAGACGACUCCACUGAUGAAGAUGAGGCUCCGAAAAAGAAAGUCCUAACUUGGGCCCUAGGGGCAUCUCUAAAGGCUGCAUUAAUUCAACAACACUAUCAUCCACCGGAUUUGAAUAUUCUGUUCACAGAGAUUGAGCCACCUGAUCUCAAUGAACUGUUUGUCAAGAAAAAAGCUCGAUUCAACAAGAGGACAAGUUCUGCUAUAUGGAAUUCACCGAUUCUCAAGCCUGGCUUAAAUUAAAGAACUCCAGUGUUGACUCAAUAGAAAUCUUUAUUUAAAUUGACAAUACAUCUCUGGUUGCAUUCAGAUUUGAUGAAGCUUGCAGUAGAGUGAGUGGUUUUAUUUCACCUGUAAUGUGCGCACCAGAAUGUUCACGGACAGCACACCUGUGCUAGGAUAACUUGUGUGCUAUAGUUCACGUGCUGCUGCUAUAAGGUUUACGUGAGUUCACGUGCUGCCGCUAUAAGGUUUACGUGAG